CUACAGGAGGUUUAUUAGAGUCUCAGAAAAUGAUAACCUGCCUUCUUUAGGAGCUGAAGUUUCCGCCCCGCGGUGUGGAAACUAACCCGAGCUCCUGGCCCUGGUUCUACCGGAUGAACGACGCCAUAGAGGGCCGACUGGCCAACGCCGCGCCCGUCCUCGCUCCCAUUGUGGAGGACGGAGACGAGGAGUGUGAGCCUCUGCUGCAGACGCCCAGAAAACGGGCCCGGCGGAGCCGCGGGGGGAUGGCAGAGUUCCUGACGGAGUCCGAGAUGGAUCUGUUGGUGGAUAACGAGGAGAAGAACGGGACGUCGGCUCUGGGAGAUCUGCACCGGGGCGGCGAGUUCACCUACAAACUAACGGAGGAAGACACCAGACGGCUGAUAGAGCUGCGAGCUGCUAACGAGGCUCUGUUCACCGGCAAGAGGAACACGGCCAAACCCGCCUGGAGGGGAAUUGUGAGGGCGAUGGGUCUGACUGGGAAGAUAACACCAGACCAGGUGGCCAAGAAGUGGGACAACCUGAAGACCAAAUUCAAGGACCUGAAGUUUCCUCCUCGGGGGAUGGAGGCUCUGUCCAACCCGGCCUCCUGGCCCUGGUUCCAGCUGAUGAGCGACGCUCUGGAGGGACGGCUGGCGGAUAAAGCUCCCAAAGUGACGCCGGUUUGGUCCAGCGAGGAGGAUAACGUCUUCGGGUCUUCCCCACCCCCCGACAGAGACUGUCUGAUGGGGGAGCGGAGCGGCGUGUCGGAGCUGGAGAACAUGGUGGGCGGAGACAGCGGCGAGGCUGACGGCACCAUCACCUACAUCGACGCCAGCGGAGAGGAGUGCACCACGCCCUCAGAGCUUUCCUAUAAAAUGAGCGACCAGGACACCAGGAGGAUGAUCAAACUACGGGCUUCAAACGAGAUGCUCUUCACCGGGAGAAGGAACGCUGCCAAGGCUGCAUGGAGAGCCAUCCUGAAGGAGCUCGGCCUGCAGGGAAAAGUCUCCACCUACCAGAUGGCCAAGAAGUGGGACAAUCUGAAGCGGAAGUAUAAGGACCUAAAGUACCCGCCUGCUGGGAUGGAGAACCUGGCAGACGGCGCCUCCUCCUGGCCGUGGUUCCAUCUGAUGAACGACGCCAUAGAGGGCCGGCUAGCGGGGAGCGCCCCCCUCCUCGAACCCGUUACAGAGGACGACGACCUUCACCCUGAGCCCGCCCCCAGACACAGGCCCCGCCUCCCUCCUCCCCAGCAGCCCUCCUCCUCCACAGAUUUUCAGGAGCCAUGCGGGACGCUGGGAGGACUGGAGCAGGAGUGGGAGGUGUUAGAGCGGGAGCGGGGGGCGCUGGAGAGAGAGCGGGAGCUGGUGGAUCAGGACCGGGCUGCGGUGGAGAGGGAGCGGGCGGCGAUGCAGGCAGAUCGGCUGUGGUUGGACCGGGAGCGGGCGGCUGUGGAGCAGGAGCGGGCCCUGCUGGAGCAGGAGCGGGCGGCGCUGGGCCGGGAGAGGGAGGUUCUGGACCAGAGGGCCCUGAUGAUGAACUCGGUGGGACAUUCAGGUCACCUGAGCAGCCUGAUGUAGGCUGGACGACGUCAGGACGUGGACCGUCCUUGAGAGACCAGAUGAAGACCUGCUGAGGUUCUCUGGAUCCAGACGCUGGGAGCAAAGGCUGGUCCUGCCUCGGGUUCAGAUCCUGGCUCUGCAGAUCCAACCCCGUGCUCCCAUAGAACGUUGCAUCUCUGAAUGUUUGAGUCAAAACGACUCAAAACAAAACAUUUUAUAUAAAAAAAAACAAUGACCUGCUGUAGUCAGAGGAACAACGCCCUCUUCAGGUACACUCUGGAACUGAGUCUGUAACAUCUGGAGCAGCUGCUGGAGUCCAUCACUGGUUUAAGUGAAGUUAAUGUCCUCAGAUUGUUUUUAUUUUUAUAAUCAAAGACAUUCUUCUCAUAAUUUAUCAUUUUAGUAGAAAAAGAAGAAAAAAAAGAAGAAGAAGAAGAAGUGCUUUACCAGAACCAGCUUCUUGUGCUGCUGGAACAGACUUUUGGAAACUUUUGAAUGAUUUAUACUCUGUUAUGCUUUUCUGUCCUGGUGUCUGUCUGUCUGCUUCAGUGCAGGAUUAAAACCCUGAACCAUGAACUCAACACCUUUCCAAA